UGGCGCGCCCUCUUGUGGAGACAAUGAACAGCGGCCGGCCGAACUGCUUGCUGAUGAGCGGUGAUUUUGUUGCUCGACCGAGUCCGAACUUGCUGGAAAAUGGCGUACAAAUUUAACUCAAUGAGCGGUCGAGUUGGUGCUGCACCACCACAAAUGGCAUACGCACCCGCGGGAUUGAAACCUGAAGCACCUGCUGAGCCGAGCCAGAUUGUUUGGGACCAGAAGCCCAAAGCAGUAGCCAGACACAAGAGCCCCAUGGGUGGAGAUGGCAUUUUGGGCAAUCUUAUCAGAAACAGAGUUUAUGAAAGUCAAAAAAUGUUCCAGAGACCCGAUGGUCUACCCGUCCAUCUCAAGAAAGGUUUCACAGAUCGAGUCAGUUACAGCGUCAUCAUGGCUCUGACUGUCUUUGGCACAGCCUGGACGUGCUACUCCCUCUAUAAUCUAGCCAAACCCAAAAAGUGACCUUAAAUUAACUAGGAUCUUUUACUAUUUGAAUUGUUUUAUUUGGUUGCACAAAAGGAAAUAAAGAUUGAUUGAAAAAUUCUGUUUUACUAACAAUUGAAAUUACAUGCAUGGAACAUAUUAAUUGAAUUAUUACAGCACAGGGGCUUUGUUCAACAUGAAGAACACAAAGCAACUAGAUAUGUGAAAAAAACUGCUUAAUUAAAUAUUUACGUCAAUUCCAUACACCCAACAUAAGAAUACAUGUACACGGAUAUUAUGCACAUGUACAUACUGGUUGAUAUCAUCAGGGUAAACGUUUCUUAGGCUUGCAACUUUUCCUCAGAUCUGCUGAUUUCCUCAUUUUUUACUUCUCAUGCCAUUAUAAACUGAAAAAUACAGUACAAAGUCAUGUUGGGUUUGGAAUUUCCUCGUUUUUAUUUCUAAAUUCCCAGUUGCAUGCCUGGUUUCUGUAACACUAGUACUGCUUAAAAUGUCCACCCCAUUCUGGCUGCAGUCUACUUUCUCGCUUAAUCAUUUCCUUGAGAUCAAGUCCCAAUCUCAUGCUUCAUGUAUGUGAAAAUAACUGCUUAUCACACAUUUUUCUAUAAAGCAAAAGGAGGUUACCAGUUGGAAUUACAUUUGUUUUAUAUUACUUUUGUCAGGUAUGCGUCAAAGGUUUUGGCUUAAGUAAUGUAAGUUAGCUCAGCUGUGUUUUCUACUUGGUGGAAAUCAGUUUUGGAUGUUUUUCCUGAAGAUUACUAUGACCCGUGAGUCAGCAGUCAUGUAAAGUGAGCUUUUUUUGUGGACUGUUGUCUUAACUUUUGAAUUACUGAUGAAAAUUAUCAAUAGCAUUAGAAAUACAGUGGUGUUAACCUAUCAAGUUUUAACUGAGUGAACAUGUUUGACUGAAGAGGUUAUAUUCUAAAGUUAAUUUCAAAUUGUGAAUUUCAGUGAAGUGGUGAUUUCAUUGAAGUUGUUGCAUGAUUAAUAUGAAUAAAAAGUUUGUGCAGCGAUAUUAUGUUUGUCCACAUUA